AUGUCCUCAUUCUUCCUUCCUAACCCCAAUCUAGGGGAUACCAACCACCUUGAAGAUUCCAGAAUUCGCGGAUACAACCCUCUAACUCCCCCCAACCUCCUACAACAUGAGAUCGCCUUAACAGAAAAAGCCCGGCAAACGGUUCUUCAAGGCCGAGCUGAGGCCAUUGCAGUCGCCCACGGCACGGAUACCGACAAGCGCCGUCUCCUUGUCGUCAUUGGACCUUGCUCGAUUCACGACCCCGAAAUGGCCAUGGAGUACUGCGACCGGUUGCUGAAACUGAAGGAGAAAUACAAGGACGAGCUUCUGAUUGUUAUGCGCUCUUACCUCGAGAAGCCCCGGACGACUGUCGGCUGGAAGGGCCUCAUCAACGACCCCGAUAUCGACAACAGCUUCAACAUCAACAAGGGCCUGCGUAUUUCGCGCCAGCUCUUUGCUGAUCUCACCAACAAGGGUAUGCCAAUUGCCAGCGAGAUGCUGGACACGAUCUCCCCACAGUUCCUGGCAGACUGUCUGUCCGUCGGUGCGGUCGGCGCACGCACAACCGAAUCACAGGUCCACCGUGAGUUAGCCUCCGGUCUCUCCUUCCCCGUCGGCUUUAAGAACGGUACGGAUGGCUCGCUAGACGUCGCGGUCGACGCGAUUGGGUCCGUAAAACACCCCCACCACUUCCUGUCCGUUACUAAGCCCGGUGUCGUCGCCAUUGUCGGCACCGUCGGUAACCCCGAUUGCUUUGUUAUCCUCCGCGGCGGAAAGAAGGGGCCCAACUACGACGCUGCUAGCAUCGCCGAGGCCAAGGAGAAGCUUACCGCUAAGGGCCUGGCGCCCCGCCUAAUGGUCGACUGCAGCCACGGAAACUCCCAGAAGAACCACAAGAACCAGCCCAAGGUGGCGGGUGUACUAGCUGAGCAGAUCGCUGCUGGCGAGACGGCGAUUAUGGGUGUCAUGAUCGAGAGUAAUAUCAACGAGGGCACCCAAAAGGUCCCACCCGAGGGUAAGGCCGGCCUCAAGUACGGCGUCAGUAUCACCGACGCCUGCAUCAACUGGGAAGACACCGAGUCAACGCUAGAGACCCUCGCAAAGGCCGUUGCGACUCGGAGAGAGAAACUUGCCUCCAGCUCCUAA